ACAAAUAUAUGCUCGUCAGUCGAUCUUUUCGAUUCGGAUCGUGUGUACAUAUAUACAACGGGCGCGAGUGUGCGAUCUCGAUUUUUCACGCAUUUCUCGCGAUUUCAAAGGUACCCCACGCUCGUUCCCGAGAGCACCAUGAACUCGAUACAAAAGCUCGCCCGCUUGGUGCCCCGCAGACUCUUACGUCGCGAGGUGCACGCGAGCAGUCCCCUGGCCUCCAAUGUUCACCUACCCCUGAGCUUUUUGACCGAGGAGGAGCAGCUGAUGAAGGAUACGGUCGCCAAACUCGCCAAAGAGGAGGUCCUGCCGUUGGUGCGGAAGAUGGAAAAGGAGGGCAGGAUCGACCCGGGCUUGCUGGGAAAGCUCUUCGAGAAUGGGCUCAUGGGGCUCGAGGUGCCGGUCGAGUACGAGGGCACGGGCUGCAACUUCCUCACGACCAUACUCGCCGUCGAGGAGCUCUCCAAGGUCGACGCCUCCGUCGGGGCGAUGGUCGACAUUCACAACACCCUCGUUAAUUCGCUUGUUAAGAAGGUCGCCAGUGAGGAGCAGAAGAAGAAAUACCUUCCAAAGUUGGCGAACGAGUACGCAGGCAGUUUUUGCCUAACGGAACCAGGAGCCGGUUCGGACGCGUUCUCCUUGAAAACGGUUGCCAAAAAAGAUGGCUCGGACUACGUCAUCAAUGGUUCGAAGAUGUGGAUUUCAAAUUCCGACAUUGCUGGUGUCUUCCUUGUCUUCGCCAAUGCGGAUCCGAGCGCUGGAUACAGGGGGAUAACAACAUUCUUCGUCGAUAGGGAUACGCCCGGCGUCAAUGUUGCCAAACCUGAAGACAAACUCGGCAUCAAAGCAUCAGGCACCUGUAUGGUACACUUCGAGAACGUCCGGGUGCCGGAGAGCCACAUCCUCGGCGAGUUCGGCAAAGGCUACAAAUAUGCGGCCGGUUUUCUCAACGAGGGUCGCGUCGGUAUCGGAGCUCAGAUGCUAGGCAUUGCCCAGGGCGCUCUGGACGCCACGAUACCCUACACCCUCGAAAGAAAGCAAUUCGGCAAGAACAUCUUCGAAUUCCAAUCGCUACAGCAUCAAAUCGCUCAGGCGGUGACCGAAGUAGAGUGCGCAAGGCUGCUGGUGUACAACGCAGCGCGACUGGUCGACGCGAAAAAAGACGUGAUGAAGGAGGCCGCGAUGGCUAAGUAUUACGCCUCCGAGAUGGCGCAGAGGGUGGCGUCUAAGUGCGUCGACUUCAUGGGUGGUGUUGGCUUCACGAGCGACUAUCCGCAAGAGAAGUUUUACCGUGACAGCAAAAUUGGUACGAUUUACGAGGGUACCAGCAACAUGCAACUGUCGACCAUAGCCAAGGCCGUUAAAAAGGAAUACUCGUAAAAACGAUCCACCAGCUGGCACAGCUUUUUAUUUCGUGAUGCGCUGUUGUGUGGAGCUAUAUUUUUAUUCUGAGAAUAAGUUGCGAAACUAUUACGUGUUUAGGUCCAUGGCCAUCUUUCAUCUUACUUCAAUGUGUGUUACUUCUACUUUACUCGUAAAAAUUUUUAACGAAUAAAUGUAUAAUUUUGUAUGUCUAAAAAUAAAUGAGUAAUUUAUAAUGAAA